AUGCUGGCUAAGCUCGCACUUUUCCUCCUGAGCUCGCAGACUGAGCAGCCGAUGUGAGCAAAAUGGAGGCUGAAGACCGACUGAUACGAUGCUGCUGUACCAAGAUCUUGCUCGUCUGGUGGCUGAACUUCAUCUCAUGCGACUCCUUCCUUCUCCCCACCUCCCGCACCGCCCGCCGGCGCUCUCUGAUUCAUCGAACACGUCCACGGCCGCCAUGGCAUAUAUCUCCCGGUGUCAGUGCGUCAGCAACUGUGCUGCAGAAGGUGAAGGGCUUCGGCAUCGGCGGAUCUGCAAGGCCGCAACGCAGCGGCCUCAGUGAGUCCGGCGAGGGAUUCUCCGCGACGGCCAAUGAGACCGAGAGCUCAGCUGAUCCAUCUAGGGCGCAGGCGCUGGGGACGCUGUUCAAGAGCGAGGAUGAGGAGAUCCGUGAGCUGGGCAGUGACGAGUUCCUGGACACCAUGCGGCUGUGGGCACCCAUGAGCAACUUUGUGGUCAACGAAGGGGUGAGUGGGGUCGGCAGGAACGCACCUAUACACACACUCAUGGUACCUUGCUCGUCUGUUUGUCUGUCGCUGCCUUUCUGUAUCAGAACGCGAGUUCCAGGGAGGAGGGCAACGCCACGCGUCUUGUGUUGCAGCAGAUGGCUGAGUGGAAGCCGCCUCGCUCGGGCUCGUACCUCGGCAAGACGCCCGAUUGGCGGUUCGGCGCACCCGUCGGAGCGUUCAAAGGCGGCCAACUGGAUGCUGUGGCCUGCCUUGAGGUACUCACUCUGCGAAUGGUCACAUCACAAGACUCGUGUUUGAUGUGUGUCGGUGUGUUUGUUGCAGAUAUCUGAGAGUGACGGUGUGGUUGUGCGUUAUAUAGUGCUGAACCCUCUCAACAUAGGUGUGGAGGGCAAUGCUGCCGACUGGCUGAUCAAGGGGAUGGCAUUCAUAUGUCGCGAGAGGCUCGGGAUGAGGCUGGACAUAUAUCCGCUGAUGCGCGUGUAUGAUGGGCGGUACUAUGACGCCCACAAACAUUUGUGUGAACAGAAUGAGGUUGAGAGGACGUCUUUGUGACACAAUGAUGGACUCAAUGAUGAUUGCAUUGCAUUCAUGGAC